AUGUCAUUAUGCCAAUUAAAAAUCACAGUUAGUUUAUAACUCACAUUAAUAUUAAUGCAAAUCUUAAAGUUAUUUAUUUUAUCAGAUUACACAUUCUUUUUUGUUCUUACUAAUUUCUUAAAGAUUUUAUAAAUAGUUUGUAAUAGGUACUAUAUCAUAUUAGGUUUCGUUAAUCAUAAAAAGAAAACAAAUCAAAAUGAAAUUAUGUUAGUUUCUAAUUAAGUGUAAUCGUGUGAAUCAAUUUGUUUGAGAAUGCUAGUACUUCGUUAAUUUAGAAUUAUUUAAGAAAUAAAAAACAAUAUUAUUUAUUAUGAAAUAGGCUUUGCUCGAUAAUUACUAUAAAGAAUUAAACUUAAACUAACUUUAUUCUGUGAGAUCUUUAAAAAAGACCCCUUUGGAAAAAUUAAAUCAUUAAAAUUAUUUUGUUCCGAGCAUUUUAAGUCCAAAGAAUAAUAUUUCGAAUCGAAGUAGUUUAAAAGCAGGCGAUGGAUUAGUACUAUAGAAACUACAUCGUUCCUAAAACAAUUCAAGAAAUUUACCAGAUAUUCAGAACGGACACAGGGUAACAAAGAAUAGCUCUUAACCUUACCUUCAUUAAGGAUAGAAGAAAUAGUACAAAAUUUAAAUAGAACCUUUGGAGGAGGAACGGUUAGCAAUUCCAUACUUGAGAUUGAAUUUUAGGUUGAAAUAUGGAUACAAAAAACAAAAUUAGGAAAGGAAGCAAAAAAGUAGCUUAGAAAAUGAUGACCUAAAGAUUUAGAAUAAUAAAAGUGCUAGUCUAUUUAGAGAGAAACAAAAAGAUUUUAUAAAUAAAGUGUCAAUGCAAGUUUAAGAAUUAUUAUUAAAAGAGAAUUAAUAAUUAAGUUUUGGUUUUGACAAAUUAGAAAGAGAAUUAUUAUAAUAAAUGAAAUGA